GUUUGUUUAUGCACUCAAGCAUUUGUGAUUUGCCUACUCGAGUGUGCGCGUGUGCGUGUGUGUGUUUAUGGGUAUUCAUUCGCAUGGCGGGCAUUACUCAGAAGUUCGUCUCACAUUUUUCACUGUGUUGUUUCUGUUUCGCUUUAGUCUGCUUUUGACGAGGCAAAUAGUAAGAUUAUAUGGUGAAGCGUGUUUGUGAUUUUUGUUGAUUACAUUGAAAAGAAAUAAAAAAUAUAAAAUUUGAAGGAAGCUUAGGCGCAUUGAUCUGCAAAGAAUGUGCGAUGAAAAUGCCUUGAAUUUUAAUCCUUGCGCUCCUGAAGCCAUGACCGAUCCCAUAGAAGUGUAUAACAUGUUCAUAGUGGAAGAUGAGGAGUCCAAAGACUCCGUUAAGCAAAACGCGCGGUUCCAAAAGCGUCUCAUACGGCACGUACGACGGCACCGCGUACUUUACGACCCGAAACAUAAACAAUUUUCAUGUGUCGAAGCGAAAAACGAAGUUUGGGAGAAAAUUGCAAAGCGAAUGGGUUGCGAUGCCGAUCUAUGCAAGAAUACUUGGGUGAACUUGCGUUAUUCUUAUCAAAAAUAUGCGCGCCGAUUGCGUAAAUUCUUUGCCAACAAAGCGUGUAAGAAGCGGAGCCGCCGUCCUGUAAUGGCAUUUGAAACGGAACUAGUUUUCCUCUGGCGUUUCAUAGCUGACAAAAUACGCUGUCCCCUGCCCUACAGCGAUGAAAUGGAGGCGAAGGCAGCUGCGCACACACAACCAGCUGCCAUCGACGAUGACAUAGUUUUGCUGGAGGAUGACGUCGAAGUGAUCGACUUGGACGACGAAACGCCGGCCAUAACUAAAGUACUUUCCAAGCUAUCGAAGUUGCACUUCCAAGUCACGCCGGAGAUACGGCGCUUGAUAUACAAUUUGCAAUGCUAUCAGGAGAUAUACGACUGUGGCCAUCGGUAUUAUGAGGAUUACCGGCGCAAAGGCAUCAUUUGGAAUGCCAUCGCGAACGAAGUGGGCGAUAAGGCUACGAAAUUGAUGAAAUGUUGGCUACAAAUACAAACGCGCUACGAAUGGGAGCUAAUGCAACGGCGGUGGGAUAAGGAUCUGACAGCUACAAAGCCGCAAACCGAGCUGGAGAGUCUGUUGAAUUUCACCAAGCCACACAUACUUAAAAUGCCAAGAACGGUUUACAAGAGCUCUUUCUUCCUCAAAAAGGAUUGGCAUGAGCCCAUUGAUCACUUCAAGAACAUCUUCAGCUUGCUGGUGGCAAUGAAGAAGUAUCCAAUCGUGAUCACACUCACCGAAAUGAUGGUGAACAAAACCGAAGAUGUCGAUACCGUUAAAUAUAUACAACUUUGGUCCGAUGUGGCAAAUACUAAAGCUGGCGGUGUAACGCCUGGUCAGUGCGAAGCCACUUGGCUGAUUCUACGUUUGUUCUACUGGGAACUAAUGGGCAUGCGCAAACACAGUUAUCAACUGCAAGACAAAUGGUAUUUCGAAACCAUUAUAACGGAGCUGUAUGCCUUGUCUAGAACGUAUAAGUUGCCACGCGCCAAAAAGUCUACACUCGGUACGCUCAUGUUAUCGUCCAUAUGCGCCGAUGAGGUAGUCCAACCUGCCCCCACAACCGCUGGCAAUGCAAGCAAGGUGCCGCAAACCGAAGUUGUGGCAGUGUUGAACGAUUCACCACCACCACCGAAAGAAACGUUAAUGGGCAACACCAUCGUACCGAUAUCCGUCAGUCUGGACGAAGACAAAAUCAGCUCGUCAAUAAUCGAAAACAAGCGUCAAGGUCAAGCGUCAGUUAAAACUGUCGUAAUACGCAAUAAACCGCAAAACAACGUCAUACCCACUCCCGCAGUCAUACCCACUCCCGCAGUCAGCACUUGCACCACAGUCCCAAAUAAGGGCUCGGUUGUAACGGUCACCAAAAAAACGACGUCUUAUCCACAAGUGCACUCGCCACAAAUACGCGUCAAAUCGCAGGCGCAACUGCAAGCCCCCGAACCGAACAAAAUCUUUGUGCAAGCGCUCCCACAAAUACAAAUACACGCGCAACCCACACCCGCGCCGAAACCAAGUCCACAAAUACAAAUACACGCGCCGCCCACACCCGCGCCGAAACCAAAUCCACAAAUACAAGUACAAGCCAUAACGAUGCCGUGCAUGCCACAAGCGCAACAAGCACAGCAAUAUCAAAUGCUACCGCUCACACCGAUACAAGCGCAAACCAAAUUGGCAGUGAAGCAACAAGCCAGCGUGCAGACGCCGGCACAAUUCAUACCCACCAAUAUGGGUCAGUUGUUGCCGCCCACAACCAUAGAGCCGACACUACACGAAGCCACCACAAUCGCUUUGGAUACGCUAAAGACGCCGAAAAUUGUGUCGGCAGUCAGUUUGGCACCGCGCGCCAACUUCCCCGUACCCUUCAUCAAUAAGGGUUUGCAAAUCACCGCAGUUGCUGGUUCCGUAACCAGCGCAUCACCACCCGCGCCGCCCACUUCCGCCGCGCCACUGCGCGCAGUAGCACCCACCUUAAACGCGCUUGCUCCGCCGCCAACGGUUGUUAUGGCGCCCACGUCGAACACCUUAAAUUUACCCUUUGUCUUGCCGGAUAAAACAAAUAUUACCAAGUGUCCGCCGUUGACUUGUGUCAACACCACCGACCCAGUCCCCAAUACGGGUACGAUAAUAACGAUGCCGAAUGCUGUGGUGCCUGCGCCCAUGCGGACGCAAGCGACUAUGCCGCUGCCCACAAGGGAGCCUACGUCGGUCGAGCCGAAAAUACCCGCUACGGUGUUGGCGCGCCCAUAUUUGACACCGACCUCACAGCUGAACUCCAACGAAAUUAUGAUCGAAUUGAUUAGUUCGGUGAAUGGCAAUCAGUUGGUGGUGCACGGGCCGCCGCUGGAGCAAAAGUACUCACUGCCCAUGAGCACGACGGCGCUGCUGAUCCGCGAGGUGCUCUCCAUACCGUAUUUGCAUAAGAAGGACUACAAUAAACCGCAACAGGUCAAUAUGUGUUGGCAGUACUUGGCCAAACGGUUCAAUUUACCGGUGCAUAUUUGCAAGGCUUGUUGGAACUUCUUGUCGGAAAACUUCGCGCAUUUCCCGCAAAUUGCGCCUAUGGAAGAGCUGACGAAGCCGCUGAAGAUUGGCAUUAGGGUGUGGCGCGAAAAUUACACAUUCUUUCAAACAUUCAACGAUAAAGCAGCCCAAAUGCGUUUGCCGUUCGCAAAGGAUGCUGUGGAAAAGUUCUUCGAUAAUAUUAGAAAUCAAACAAAGCAGCUACCACGUGUAGGUGGCAGGAAAUUGACUUUCGUCGCUGAUUGGCAAGCCGCAAUAAAUAGCAAUCCACAUGUACCGAACAAAGUCUGGUUCGGCACAUGGACCCUCUUUAAAGGCGCCUUUACGAAGUACAUGCGCGAUUUGGAGCUCGGCAUCGACAACAAAUGGUCGCUGGAAUGGUGGCGCGUCUUGGCCAAAAUGGAUUUCCUAAUCGAAGAACAAUAUCAUAAUAUGGAACCGUUCUACUACAUCGUGCGCAACAAAAUGAUCGACGAAUGCGAACGUUGCAUCAGGGAAGAGCAAAAGUACACUAUCGAUCCGAAGACGAAGCGUUUCGUGCGGAAGUCAGACAUGCCGCAUCCGAUGCUGCAGAAAAUACCCGACAUCGAUGCCUAUCGCGUCGUAAUGACCGUGCGUCGCUAUCCGCAAAUUUACCAAAAGGCAACCGACGAAGAGAAGAAUAAAGCGUGGCAGAAAGUCGCGCUCGAAAUGCGCUCAACCGUGACGACAUGCCGUUUUGCCUUCCAAUGCGCCAUGAAGAACUAUCGGCUGUAUGCGGCGCGUGAUCCGGCGAAUCGGUGUCGCCUCAAUCAUCGCUAUUACAAACAUUUAGCGGAAAUUUAUCGUGCCAUCAAACCGACGCGCAAGCUCAAUAUUAAAACACCAUCCGAACUGAAUCAGUCUGUUAGCGAUAAUCCCGACGCGAACGAGCCAGUAUUCCCCGAACGUUUCAUAAUGGACAUCAACAUGGGCAAUAGUCACUCGAAUGUGGUUAUGAAGAAUUGGGCCUAUGGUGUGGGCAUAUCCGUGCGGAAGGAGAAGUUGGAAGCGCUCUUCCAAAAAUAUCGUCCAACUUCAGCGCUAGGCGAAACCCCAACAAUAAAAUAGUAGGUUUAGUGUAGGUGGACAGCACUGAUUUCGAACGCACUACAAUUGGAGAUAUAUAUUUAUAUGAUAGUUAGCUAGAUUAGCACUAAUUAUAUAAACAAGAAAACACUUUUGCGACUUUCUUUAAUUUUAGAACAUUUUUUAACUGUUAUGUAGUUGUAUCAUAUUUCUAAGCAUGGUCCUUACGUAUUCCAUAUACUAUAUAUAAAUAUACAUACUGUUAAAUAUAGGAGUAUGUAUGUGACUGUAUAUAAUGUAAAAUAAACUUAAAAACUCAUAGUUUUCAUAAA